CUAUUAUUCCGUUUAUUUUUUCUGGAAUUUGCUAAAAAAUGAUAACAGUUGUUUUGAAAAACUGAGAUUUGUAUCCAUUAAAAAAAAAAAAAAGUUUAUCCCAAACCCUAACCCACUUUUAAUCUGGAAGGACCUCCAUCGUCACUUCCUGUGGAGGGAAUUUAACCCGGAAACGGGUGUAGUCGUCAGUUGGGAGUUAACGUUAAAUUGGCUUGACGAGGAAGAGACUUAGAAUCAGAACCGUUGGACCCAGAGACCCGAGUCCUUGUGGCGCUUCAGACCGACACCGAGCCGCAGUUUGUCCGCUGUUUCUUCUUCUCUUGGUUUAAAAAAGUGAGCCAGCAGCUCCGUUAGCCUGCUAACAGCUAACAGAUAGUUAGCCCACCUGCUAACAGGGAAGUGACGGUGACAGGUGAAGUCGGGCUCGAGCCGCAGGUGUGUUUUCUUCAGAGGACUCGGACAGAAGAAGAAGAUGAGUGGAGGACUGAACAGCAUCGAUGCCGUGAAGAAGAAGAUCAAAGUGCUGCAGGAGCAGGCGGAGGAGGCCGAGGACCGAGCCGUCAGACUGCAGAAGGAGGUGGAGAAGGAGAAGAGGAGCAGAGAGGAGGCGGAGGCAGAGGUGACGGCUCUGGGUCGCCGUCUGCAGCUCAGCGAGGACAAUCUGGAGCGAGUCCAGGAGAGACUGUCCACCACCCUCCACAAGCUGGACGAGACGGAGAAGUCUGCCGACGAGAGCGAGAGAGGUAUGAAGGUGAUUGAGAACAGAGCUCUGAAGGAUGAAGAGAAGAUGGAGCAGCUGGAGGUUCAGUUGAGAGAAGCCAAGCUGAUCGCUGAGGAGGCCGACCGGAAAUAUGAAGAGGUGGCUCGUAAACUGGUGAUGGUGGAAGGUGAACUGGAACGAGCUGAAGACAGAGCUGAGCAGGGAGAGAGUAAGAGUCGAGGGUUGGAGGAGGAGCUGAAAUCAGUCUUCACUAGUUCAAAGUCUCUGGAGGCCCAGACUGAGAAGUAUUCUCAUAAGGAAGACAGGUAUGAAGAGGAGAUCAAGAACCUGAGCAACAAACUCAAGGAGGCUGAGAGCAGAGCUGAAGCUGCAGAGCGUUCAGUGGCCAAACUGGAGAAAACCAUCGACGGCCUGGAGGAUGCUUUGACUUCAGCCAGAAACGCCAACAUGGAGCUUCAGGCGACUCUGAAUCAGACCAUGGAGGAGCUCAACUCCUGCUGAACACGCCCCCCCUACCAGACAGGUGGACGGCAAAACUCCGUGGCCAAAACAUUGCUCCCACCUUCUCUCCUCCUUUAUGUUGGAGGACAGGGUCCAGCUCCCCCCUGCUCCUUUCCUCCCCUUCCCUCCUCCUUCCUUCACCUCCUUCUCUCCUGGUGGAUGUGAGGGAGGUCUCCCCCCCCCCCCCCCCUAAAUGAUUCCUGCUUUCACACAUUCCUUCUGAUUCAUAAAGUCACAUAUUGGGAGUGUUGCUUUAAUGAGCUCCUCGUCUCUGCCCCCCUUACCUGCUCACAGUGCCAACCCUCCCCCCCCUCAGUAUUAAGUGAAGGAGCGGCUUGAUAUACUUUGUCUAUAAGGGACUUUAACAGACUUGCAUUCGUUUCCUCGUUAAGAACUAAUCAAGGACUAAUUACAUGUUUGUCUUAACGGUUUGUUUUCUUUUGCCACAUUAACUAAUAAUCGAUUAGACCCAAUGAGUUAUUAUUGUUUUUGUUCUUGGGGGGCGUGGUUUAAGGUAGCCAAUCACCACGAGGCAUUCCACUGCCACAGGUGACCUUUGACCCGAUGACGUGAAUGAAUAAAGUUUGUUUUUACCUGGAGCGGUGAUGUCACAGCUCAUUGUAAUAAAUCAUGACAGGAUUUUAUAAAAUAAAAGCACCGUCACUGGUUUGUAGAUCCAAA